AUGCCGCCAGAAUCCUCUGACCCCGCUGCAGCCUGUCCUGUCGACCACAAGACCCGCGAGAAAUGGCUGGAAGCAGCAAAGGCGAAGUUGGGCAACGACAAUCUCAAUCCUCCACAUCCCAUCAGCAUCCGGACGCCAUCGCCGCAUUCUCCCAUCUCGAGAUGGUCUCUUGAUGCUGGAAGAUGGGAGGCAAUACCGCCAGUGCCUUCAAUAUCACCGGCCUCUCAACCAAAACGGCCCAAGAUGUACCGUCUCUCCACCGACCGCGAGAUCUCCACCAUUCCCCGAGCCAUCACCACCGACUCUUCCCUCAACUCCGCAGAAAAAGCCGCCUUGCCCGCCAACAACGAGAAGGAUACUGGCCAUGAUAGAGAAACGGGCAACUGGGUCUAUCCCUCGCAAGAGAUGUUCUUCAACGCCAUGCAGCGAAAAGGUCACGAAGCCAGCCCGGGCGACAUGUCCUCAAUAGUACCCAUCCACAACGCUGUGAAUGAGCGCGCAUGGCUAGAGAUCAAGGACUGGGAGAAAGGGUGGGGAAGCGAAAGAUGUGGAGGACCCAAGUUGGUGAGCUUUGCGGGAGACAGCAAGGCGUCAACGCCUAAAGCGAGAUGGAACAGUCUGCUUGGGUAUGCGAAACCAUUUGAUCGGCACGAUUGGGUGGUGGAUCGUUGUGGAAUGAAGGUGGAUUAUGUCAUCGAUUUCUACAAGGGAAAAGAUACAGGCAUUCCGUUAAGCUUCUACCUCGAUGUGAGGCCCAAGUUGAACAGCUGGGAAGGGGUCAAGAUGAGGAUUGCGAAGACUUUCGGCUGGUGA